UCAACAGUUGUGCGUCGACCACAAGUCGUCAACGAUAACAGCUAUUCACAGUAUCGAAAUUGUUUCAAAUUCAAGCACCCUCAACUACAUACAGUCUUUGAAUCAAGUAGUGUGAAGAAGUGGUGCAACGAUUCGCAAUAAAUAAAGCAAAAGUUUUUUCUUAUUAGUGCAAUAGAAAUUUUGGAAUUUGUGAUUUCGAGUUUUGAUCAAUCGAUUCAACCAUGAAGCUUAUCUGUACAUUUGGUUUAUUCAUCACAUUGGCAUCGGCUGCGAAGUUCCCCGCUGAUAUUCCGCAAUGCAAAGCUGCUGAUAUACAAUGUCUACCACGAGUUAUCACGGACAUCGUCCAUAAUCAUCCGAAUGGGCACCAAGGCUUGUCCAUUCCACCCUUAGAACCAUUGCGAAUCAAUCGCAUCGACAUUUCACAGGGCUCAAACAGUCCAAUCGCCAUUAAAUUGAAUUUUAGAGAUUUGGAUCUCUCUGGUAUCAGUCAAUCAGUAAUAAACCGGGUCGUUGGUUUUGGUGCCGAUCCCAAUAGCAGCAAAUAUGAGGUUUAUGCAGUUGUGCCAAAGAUCACAAUCACCGGCAAGUACAAAAUAGAUGGUCGGGUACUUGUCUUGCCAAUUCAAGGAGAGGGUAAUGCUCACCUGGUCUUCGAUAAUACCAAUUUAGUUGUCAAGUAUAAGCCAAAAGUGGUGGAGAAAAAUGGCAAACAAUACAUUCAAACCGAGAAGUUCCAACUGGAUUUCGAUCCAUCACGACUAAACAUCAAUUUGGAGAAUCUCUUCAAUGGCGAUAAAGCGCUAGGUGACAACAUGAAUCAAUUCCUCAAUCAGAAUUGGAAAGAGAUCUUUAACGAGUUGAAACCGGCCAUCACAUUUGCCGUUGAGGAAAUAUUGAAAGGAAUCAUCAAUAGAAUUUUCUUGAAAAUUCCAUACGACGAAAUCUUCUUGAAAGAUUAAAUUAAUUAAGAUAUAGCCGUAAAAACUUUGUUUUGUAUCAUUUAGAUCUGUUUAAACAUGUGAUAAAUUCUCAUAUUUUUUGAUGUAAUUUAUGAUGUAACAAGUGCGAAUUUUGUUUGCUCUCUCUCUCUCUCUCUCUCUCUCUCUCUCUCUCUCUCUCUCU